AUGAAGGGACUCUACAGAGACGUUCCUCAAGCGGAUCCACCCCAAACAAUUAUCAUCGGUACUGGUAAUACUUGUCCACAACCAGUAAUUGAUCUUGUUUGGCCUUCAAGAGGAACAACUCGUAGUGCUUCUCAAAUAGUUUCACCUCAAGAGCGUGCUGGUGUUGCUGCCCCUCCAGAAAACAUUGACAGCCCCAUGGCAUGCUUCAUGGAUUGUAUAGAGGCUCUUAAGAAGGAGAAUGGGAGCGUUAUCAGCACAAUUUCCAGGCAUGUAGACAAAUACCUUAAAGCUAAUGUUCUCAGUGAGGACCGGAUUUCAGUGCCAAAAUUGCAUGGCGACGACAACAUAAUGGUGGAUUCAUUGUCGUCAGGAAUUAUCAUCCUUCGUGAACGUGCAAAGAACAUGGUGUUAGAUGGAUUUCAGAAGGAAUGCUUAGACGUGUACAGUAAUUGGCGGAGGGAUUUUCUGAAAGAGAGUCUAUUGACAUUAGGGUUGCAGGAUCAAGAGUUCAACAUGGAGGACAAUAACAACAUGGAGAAGAUUGAGAAGUUGAUAAAAGCUAUGAACGUAGCUGCGAGGAUACUCUUUCCCAAUGAGAGGAGACUCUGCGAUCUUGUCUUUGGCGGCUCCAUUUGGAAGUUUCAUUUCAGAGAAUUUUGCACGGAUUUAGCAACCAGUCUACUGAACUCUGCCCUUGCCUUGCCAACUUGGAGCCAUUUUAUGCGCAACACAUUGCAGGAGUUGAUACAAGAGUUUCAGUCAUAUACAACACUCGUAAAUAGUACAGUGUUCGUGGUAAGACAGAGAUUGUGCCUUCAAGAGACUUUGGAAGAUGUAACACUCAUUCCCUGUGGCGGGCUUCAUCCUAUUACCCUUGAAGUGAUGUACUAUCUUUACUCUGAUUACAAAAAUAAGGAAAUUAGCACACUUAGCCAAGCUUUAGAGGAGGGAAAGAUUUCAUCGACUGUGUACAUGGCUAGAGUGGCAGAACUGUUAAAGAGUAGUUUGGAAGCCAAGUCCAAAAAUGCCAAUAAGUUUGAACUGAUGUACUACAUUUAUUCUCUUCGCCGAAGUAGGGAGAGUAAACUUAGCCAAGGUUUAGAACAAGAAAAGUUUUUUUCGCCUGAGUGCAAGGCCAGGACAUUAGAGCUUUUAGAGAGCAGUUUGGAAGCCAACUCCAAAAAUUACAAUAACCCUACUUUGGGUUAUGUUUUCAUCAUGAACAACCUAAGAUUCAUAACAGUAGAGACAAAACUGAAUGGAUUGGAACCUAUUUUUGGCGAUGACUGGCUCCAGAAAAAUACAACAAAAUUCCAACAAAACCUUGAACUCUAUCAAAGAAGCUCAUGGAAUAAGAUUGUGGACUUUUUGAAGCCGGACAUCAAUCAGCUAGAGCCUAGUGUUGCAGCCGAGUUGAUGAAAGAUAACCUUCAUUGGUUCAGUGAACACUUUGAUGAGACAUGCAACGUUCAGUCUGCAUGGUCUAUCUGUGAUGAGGAAUUAAGGGAGCAAAUAAUAAAAUCCAUAGAAAACAUCCUGUUGCCAGCAUAUGGAAAUUUCCUCAGGAGAUUUGAGGAACUUAUUGGGAAGCAUGCUUAUGAGUACAUUCAAUAUGGAAUGUUUGAGGUUCAAGAUCGACUCAACAGAUUGUUUCUUGUAAGGGAGUAG